AGAUAUUCUAAAAAAGGGAAUAAAAAAGAGUUAAGACUUAAGAAAGUCAGAAAAGAGAUUUAAGUACUGUAUCUGCCUCAUCAAAGGGACUUAAAAAGACAUGGAGUUCAUUUGGCUAUACUCCCUUUGCCAGUGCACUCUAUCUUUAUUUGUGAUUGUGGUCAGUGUGAGGUUGUGCAUGGCGGUCAGCAGCAGCAGAGCUGUAACUGAUGUCCAGCAAGGAGCUCAGGGUGCAGGCAUCCAACCUGGGAGUGUUUCAUCCUGCCUCCGGCUGUGUCUGGGCUGUGUGGGGGCCGUGGGUGGUGCCAUAGGAGUGCCCGUGACUCUGUUGCUAAACCUUCAAACAUCCCAGUGUCUCUACACAUGCAUGGCACUACUCUGUUGCCCUUUACUGAUCAGGCAGUUCACCAUGUUCCUGUUAAUUCUGCUCACACUGGACGCCUAUCUACAGCAUCAUUUAGCAGACAGGUACUCUUCAGUGGUGACCCGUCGGCGAGCUCUGUGUGUGGUCCUGUUGUGCUGGUUGGGCUCAGUUCUCUCAUCCUUUGCAUUGUUUAUAGGCUCAGAUUUCCUCAGCUCCUCUAGAAGUAAGCUCCCUGGUCUCAGCACUGAAGGCCAUGGAUUAAAAAGCAACUGGACAACCUCUUCCCCCCCUCCUAGUCCUACCUCAGUCCCAAGGUACUUUCAAGACCGUCAGGUAAUUGCGAAGUUCCUUCCAUAUGGAGGCUUCUUGUCAAAGUUCUAUGUGGAAGAUAUGAACAAUUUCACCUACGCAGAGAUCCAUAGCAGCCACUGGGGCGUUUGUGUUCCUGAGGCCAUUGUUCGUCCCCAGUUCCUUGUCUAUAUCCAUGGGGUGACCGUGUUUAUCCUGCCCUUUCUUUUCUUAUUGGCGAUUUACUUAGACUUGCUGUGCAUUAAGCCUAAAAAGACCUGUUUUAGUAACGCUGAUGUAGAGAAACGAUCCAAUCUGCUCCGUGUCCUGGUUCUGUCCAUGACUCUUUUGGUUCUGCUUUGCUUGCCGAUCUAUAUCAUACAGGCUCUCAUGCUUUUUAACUCCCAUGGUAACCUACCUGUCUGGGCCCAUGAUGGUGCCAUGUUCCUCUUUGAGGUAUACACUCUCGUGCCCCCAAUACUAUUUACUCCUCCAAGGAAGCCUGUGAGGGAGCAAACAAUGUCCUUCCCUUUAACUAUUUCAAACUUCCCGUCUUCACUUGCCCAUUUAAGAGGAAAAUCUGUUCACAUGGCACUGCGUGAGGUGUUGAAAAAAGCUCCAUGGUCUUCAGCUAAACAUUCUCUUGAAACUAAAGCUUAGUAUUUUGAGUAAAUUUUCACAAAGUCAACAGUAGGCAGACCAUUCUGCUUUCCAAUUUUUUUUAAAACAAAUGACUUGGAUUAAAAAGUUUUUUUACUGCUAACUUUCUGCAUUUUCAAUGAAAUGCGAUUCAUUUUAUUUAUAUAGCAUAAAUUCACAAAAAUGUCUU